GGCACUUGUUGCGGGAGAGUUAUCAAGAUGGCACAGUUGCUAUUCUCUUCAGCCGUGGCGGAAAUGCGGACUAUUCACACACAUCAUACCUCCCAGUUACAAAGAGUGGGUUUAAUGAACUCAUUGGACUAUUCCAAAUCCACCCAUCAAUUGUCCGAACCAUUCGCCGGGAGAUGACAUCCUUUUCCUAUACUUUACCAUACCAUCACAAUCCCGACACCAGCACUGUUGGUAAGAGAUCAUAUACAAUUCGUCCUAUAUUUUUGACACUUACAAGUGAUGAUGUUUCAAGCAUACACUGCAAGGAUGUGUUCACAAUGGCCAGACGAUAUUGCCAUGUCCUCGACAUACUUGAUCGAUAGGAGAUUGAAUCUCUCCGUCUACUACGGCUGCAGCGAACAACAAUCUCUGGAUCUUAUGGACCGCCUAAGCAGAGCAGGAAACGCCAUCCUUCAUCCGAUGAUAGCUUCAGGUAUACUUGCAGAACUGGACCGUAAACGCCUCUUCGAAUGCGUAGAGUUGGCCACCGACGCAUUCGUCUCAAGCACCGAAAUGCUCUGCUGCCCCUCUAUUAGCCCAGAGACAGUUAUAGACCAGGAAGGACAAAACAUGACUCAGCUAUCAGACCUAUACAACAACAGCAGGGAGCUUGCCAAGAAUAUUCGAAAGGUGGAAUGCCAGAUCUCUGAUAUGCGAACGCACAUAUGCGACUUUGAUGCAAGGGAAAGUCAAGGUCACAGAAGCCUGAAAUCCAAGAAACCUACCAGGGAAAAGUUUGAUGCAUAUCUAAACGCAUCAAGCCCUGGUACCCAAAUCCAUGCGCGCCUUCUUGAAAUUGAAAAUGAAUAUGAAGAUAAGCUUAACACUUGCUCCAUGAUCCCGGAUAGUCUAGCCUUCACGGCGCAAAUAGCGGCGAACCAUGCAAAUAAUCGUAUGGCGUAUGAUACACAAACGAAGAAUACGCAAAUGAGAACUAUAGCUCUGAUGACUAUGAUAUAUCUCCCGGUAACAUCGGUUGCGUCAAUCUUCUCAAUGGGAGUUUUCAAUUGGACGGCCUCAGAACAGCAGUCAGUUUUGACAUCUUACUUCUGGGUUUAUGUAGCCGUCGCAGGUUGCCUGACAGUGUUAACUCUGGGAAUAUGGUGGACACUGACUCGAGCACAGAGAAGGCAAUAUGACUCAGACAUUGAUAUUGAGAAGCUAAUGUGAAUAAGAUUCAGGGGCUACACUAAGGCAUAACACUAGUGGUAGUUUUAAAUACUAAGUAGUGUUCCAGGUCAAUAUUCAUCUGCAAUGACUAAUUUGCCAAGUCCACUCUACCAAUAUGAGGCUUCUAU